AGUCCCGAAUUUGUAUCAUUGUACAUUUUCAGAUUUGAUUUUGAUUUAUAUCCAUCAAAUGCAUAGAAUCCCAUCUGGGUCAUUGUUUUUUCAAGUGUAUGCUCACUUACACACACAUACACAUUACACACUCGAUUCAGGGCUGCAAGACAGUUUUUGUCUCUCUUACAUGCAAAUACAUGCUUUUUUUGUCUUUUCAUACAUGACUUUUUGAAAAGUUUUUCAUAUUCACACAUUCAUUCUUAUGAAGUUGUGGCCUAGUGGUUAAAGAGUUUGACUCCUAACCCCUUGGGGUUCGAGUCUCGGGCUGGCAAUACCAUGACACAGGUGCCCUUGAGCAAGGAACUGAACCCCAAACCGCAGCAUAAAUGGCUGCCCACUGCUGUGGGUGUGUGUUCGCGGUUUGUGUGUGUUCGGUGUGUGUGUGUGCACUUUGGAUGGGUUAAAUGCAGAGCACAAAUUCUGAGUAUGGUUCCCAAUACUUGGCUGAAUGUCACUUUCACUAAUAUGUUGAACCAGGAGAAAACAGAGAACUUAAACAUAAAGCUGAAUGAAAAUGAGCCUUUGUGCUUCUUUGCUGGACUGUGACUGAAUGGUAUAGGCUCUCUCUCUCUAUAUGAUAACCUUAUAUUAGUGCAGAAAGACUCAAGGUAUAGGCUCUUGUUUCUCCAUUAGAGGGAAGCCUAACCUCACAAAACAAACAUUUGACUGCUGUGAGACAUUUUUGAUUUGAUCAUUUCCCCUGGAGUUUACCACUGGGAUGAAAGUGUAGGUCAAGCCAUUAUACAAGUGUGCUGCUGAUGAAAAAAAAAAAAAUACAGAAAUAAGGCCUCCUAGAAAUGGACUGCUGUUUAUUGAUCCUGAAGCCUGUGACCAGUGCCCUGUUGCGUGAAGCUGAACAAACUAGUUUUAGAUUUGAUCAGAUCAGGUUCAGUUGGCUCACAAUGCUCAAUAUAAACUUUGCAAACUCUUAACUACAGUGUGACACAUGCAGCAAAUACAAACCAUGCAGACAGUCACUUCUCAGGUGAGAGUCAGUGCAAUUUACUUCUUGUCGCAGACUAACAUAUAUCCUUAUUAAAAAAUAUAAAUACAUUUACAAGGCAGGAAUAACCCCUGCUGUUGCAGCAUAGGUUUGCAAACUCUUUUUUUUUUUGCUGAUAAGAAUCACAAAAGACCCAUAAGCCCAUGGUCAGAGUAAUGGAUACUACAAAGUAAAUGUCUCUCUCUAGACAGUGAAUACAUCUAUUGACUAGCACUUCACAUUAAGUUUCAGAUUUCCUUUCAAAGGGAUCGCCAUUAAGCCCUUCUUAAAACACAAUAUCUCACUCCGAUUAAUAGAAGGGGUCGACCCAGAUGUUAUACAGUGAUCAAAGUUUAUUUGUUAAUAUUAAUUUAAUAAAUUUGUUAAUAAAUUAAAUUUAGAACACGGGAGCUUGUGGUUAGUUGUAACACAUAUGGUUUAAAAAUGUACACAUAUAGUAGCAUAAGUAAAUUGACAGUAUUUACUUGUUGCCAUAUAACACUAUAUAAAGAAAAAAUUCUGCCACAAAUUCAAAAAUCUUUAAGAUGUUGCUGAACAUUUAUUCAACCAUGGCAAAAGCAAAUUUCUGACUGAAAUACGUUUUUUGUGUUGAUUUUAAAAAGACAAAUAUGUUAUUAUUUUAAUCUCCAAUCUGUUAUUUGUCAGUUUAGAUUUAAUAUUUGAAUUUAGUUUAAUAUUUCACUAACCUGUUUUAAAUGGGAAUGGGGAAAGUUGUAACUGCAUUAUUAAUAAACUAAUUAAUUAACAAGACUGAGAGUCAAUGUUAAGAAAUGAUUAUUUAAAGAAAUGUAAAGCAUUUUGGCUGGUCUAUUUGUUUUGUGUUCUGUUACGACCUCUAGUGGUUAGCCAUAACAGAAAAAGAGAGUUCACACCAGAGAGAUGACAAAUAAACAAUUUUAUUCUCUUUCAACUGGAAUUUCUUCAGGGGCAGACAAGGCCAAAAUUAUAAACAAUACAAAAUCUUAUAUGAAAACUAAAUAACUUCAAAUGGAAAUAAAGAAAUCAAAAUACAGACCAACUUGCGACCUGUAUCUGAUCUUUUCAUGACAGUCUGUACGACACAGAUCCGAUCUUUUCAAAUGUGACCCAGGCUACUUGGGUAUGUGGUCCUGAAUCCGAUACGUAUCCGAUCUUUUGAAAUGCGACCUCCGUCUGAACGGCCAGGCUACAAACGUCCUAAUUCUGCGUUGAAGUAGGCGGGAACGAGAAUAGCCACUCACACAUCAGUAUCCCACCACUCCUGGCUGCGACUCCGCACCCACACGUUUCUCUGUACCGACGUUGCUAACACUGCUCCACAAAACGCCAUGGCCAAAAACCUUGCUCUCCUCCUCCUUUUUUAUUUUCUUCUUAAAACGAGAAGAUUGUAAUUGUGCUGGCUCCGUUGGGAAAAUAACUUUAAUAUUGCAAAAAGAGCUCCGCUCUUCAGAGGUCCUUCCUCAGAGGAAUUGGCCAGGGAGGGAGCUGUCACGAACAGAACAAGUUUGAGGAACCAGGGUCGGGUCAGACCAAAAAGGCGCAACCAUGAGGACCUGCGCCUCGUCCUCCCUGAUCUUGCAAAGAUGCCUCACUGGGUGAAACGCAUACUUGCGCAGGCCCAUCGGCCAGCUGUCCACCAGAGCAUCUGAGCCAAGGGUGCCCUCGGUCAGGGAGUAAAACCACAUGUCUGGACACAACAACAUGUCUGGACACUGGUUCUAGAGGAAUGUCAGUCUGUAGAAAUGAGAGGUUCAACCACAGAGGGAAGGAUCAGAGGAAGUCCCGAAGUAUCGGUCACUCUGAGUGUGCCCUGUUGCCAUGCCCAUCUCAGGACUCGGCCCUGAAGCCAGUGCUGAAGCGGUCUCAUAUGAAGCACCAGGUGAAACCAGGUUUCAGUGAAACCGCUCUCUUGCCCUUAAAUUUACUCAGACAAUUCAGCAGUGACUGCGCGCGCUCAUUCAUAAUCUGCACGAGCAUGGCCAUAUGUCUAUUUCCAUAGCAAAAAAAAAACCAAACAGAUCCUCUGCACAGGGGAGAGUUUGCUGUGUCUGAGCACCAGAUCACUGUGCUCACACAACCGUGCUCGAGAGUGAGCUAGAAUCAGCCAGUAGUCGAGGUAGUUGAGGAUACAGACACCACAUUCCCUGAGAGAAGCCAGGCCUACCUCUGUGACUGUCGUACAGACGGGGGAAGACAGAGCCAACCCGAAUGGGAGAACCUUGUACUGAUAUGCCAGCCCCUCGAAAGCAAACAGAAGAAACAGUCUCUGUCUGGGAGAAUCUCUCAAGCAUCCAAAAUAUCGACCCAUACGAGCUCCCUGCAGCAGCACAGAGACCUGGACCAUUUACAUCCAUGCACCCAGAUGGACAUUGGGAAUUAUACUGUUUUUGGUUUAAGUUAAGUGUUUCCAUUUUAUAAGUGUUUCCAGAAAUGACCAUGCUGGGGAAAGACUUAAAAAAAUACAAAGUAAGCAAGUUAAUACACACAUUUUUUAUGAAAUUCAUUGUGCUGUUGUUGUUUACAGCCGUGGUUUAUUUGCUCUGCCUUAGGAUUGCAAGUGUCUUGGGACAGGUCGAGGGAGUGAGUGGAAGCUGGUGGAGAUAUUCAGGAAGGACAUCAAAUAUAUAUAUAGAAUUACAUUAUUCAAGGUGCAUCACUUUCGCCUCCAUUAUGACAGAAAACAUAAAAACAAACAAAAAUGAUCAAUUAUGGUCCCACCUAUCCUGGCAGGAUUGUCCUCUCAUCAGCUCUCCUCUAGCACUGUUGCUAAUCAACCAAGCGGUAAUCGGGAACACCUGGUGGUGGAAUUGGGAAAUCCUGCAAAGGCAGAGCAUCUCAUGCACUUCGGAGGGCCCUUCGUGCACUUCUGACACCUGGCCUUCGAAGUCUGUGGCCUUCAAAGUGUGCGCACUUAACUUUGGGACACUUUGGGAGCAUCCACUACAGACCACGCUUUCAUUUCACUUGAAGUCCACACCCCGAAAGUGAAUCGGCUCUUACGUCAGACGUCUCACUCUGCUCAACACAACAGUUGAAUCGACGGUAGUGUCCUGUCUUACAGGCAGUAUCCUGCUAGACAAAAGACUGACCAUGUAUGCAAUUGUUACUCUGCAAGACUCAGAUGAGGUGGUGGUGGCACCAACAAACUGGCUGAGUCUAGACAAGAAACAAUGUUACUGGCCCCCAUUCAAAUCACCAGACAAGUGCAUGGAAGCUGUUCAGAACAGAAUUAAACCUGAAACAGGAGGGAAACCAUGGGAGAAACUGAACAUCAGCUUUCACGGAGAACAUGUCACUUUUGAGAAGGCAAAAGAGGGGCAAAAAGAAACCAAAGAACAGAAAGAACGGUCAUAUCUAUUAGCCACUGGAUUCCCUGGAAUGCUAAAAAGACAAAGACUUGAAAGAAUUCAAGGAAUGUCAAAUAAUUAUCUACAACCACUUCCUGCAGUAACACCUGCAUCGACAUCCAGAAUGACAGCUGAUGACCUGGAUGAGCUCCUCGAAAUGCUGAGAGACAUCAAGAGCACGGUUCAGGAAAACAAUGCUAUGUUAAAGAAACUACUAAAAGACAAUACAGUUUCUGAAGCCCCCAGCAGUACAAGCGUGCCUUCAAAAGCUAUUAAAGCAAACCUAAAACUGCCUCUUGGAACCUUUGAAGAUAUGGCCAUGAGUGAAAGAGAGCUCAGCACCGCAACAACACGGAAAAAAUAUGUAAAAUUUUUGUCAGGACUUGGAGGUUUUGGCCCCAAGGAUGUGAUUAAGAAUAUUAUGCAGCAAGUUAUAACAGAUGAUCUGGCUAAGGAGUUCAACUGGCAGGGGAGAGGAGAAAAAAGACCCUUCUCUCAUCUUAGUUUAACAGAUGUGAUCCGAGAUGCUGCAUUCAAACGAAGUGUAAACAGGGCUGAGUGUGAAAAUGAAAUAAAAAAAUAUUUGAGUUACACAGCUGACAGACUCGGUCGGAAGCGACUAAGAGAACAAGGAGGUCCUGGGCUUGAGAAUCCAAAUGAGAUUUCCCCCUCACUGAUGCCAGAGACAGAAAUACCUUGGGACAUUUUGGGAUUUUGAUCAUCAAUUUAUAAUUUAUUUCACUUGGACAUUACUAAAUUAAUUGUCAUGUUUUCAGUCAUAUCCCAGCAGUGGGAUUAGCAUGCUUGUCUGAUGCAAUAUCUAAAAUAUUAAUUUUAUAUGUAUAUUUUUUAUUAUUAUUAUUAUUUUUUUUUUUUUGUAGACUACAGUACAUAUGUCUUUUCCAAUGUUUCAUUCAAAAUAAACCAGAAUUACAGAAGAUUUCUCCUUCUUUCCAGUGCAGGAUUUUUAGAUAACUAAUCUUACACUAGUGAAUUUACUGUAUUUUAUGAUCAAAAUAAAGAUACACCCAUAUGUU